GAUCAGCGGGAGAGUUUUUCUGACUUCCAUAAUACAUUUAGUAAAAGUCUUUUGGCUAACAGGACAUCACGCCGUGCUCCGUGCGGUGCCGUGAAGCGGACAUGUUUGGCCGCACUGGACCUUUAAUUUGGCGGCGCAGUACGCAGCGACGUUACCCUCCCGCCCGCCCGCCCGCCGCCCCGCACACUGCUCCGCACACGGCUAGCUGCUGAGCGUCCUGAGCUUCACACCACCUGACUGGAAGGCUGCAAAACCUUGAAGACAGGUUAGCGAGCUGACUGCAUAGUUUUGGUGCAAGGAAAAGUGUUAAAUCGGAAAAAACAGAAACAUGAGCUCACAAAUCCGGCAGAACUUCCACCAGGACUGUGAGGCUGCCAUUAAUCGUCAGAUCAACCUUGAACUGUACGCGUCCUAUGUGUAUCUGUCCAUGGCAUACUAUUUUGACAGGGAUGAUAAGUCUCUGCCAAAUUUUGUGAAGUUCUUUCACAAACAAUCCGGAGAGGAGCAUGAACAUGCAGAGAAGCUGAUGAGCCUGCAGAACCAGCGAGGAGGAAAGAUCUUCCUGCAAGACAUCAGGAAACCUGAGAGAGACGAGUGGGGGAGUGGCCUGGAGGCCUUGGAGUGUGCCCUGCAGCUGGAGAAGAGUGUAAACCAAUCCCUGCUGGACCUGCAGAAACUGGCCACCGAGCACAAUGAUCCUCAUUUGUGCGACUUCAUAGAGACACAUUACCUGGACGAGCAGGUCAAAUCAAUCAAAGAGCUCGCAGACUGGGUCUCCAACCUGCGCCGCAUGGGGGCGCCUCAGAACGGCAUGGCGGAGUAUCUCUUCGACAAACACACCAUGGGUGGAGCAAGCAGUUAAACAAGCACAUUUCUGCGACACAGAUGGUCGUCCCUGUCAGCUUGGCAUGCCUGCUGGUUCCCGUUCUGGUUAUUUAGCCUACAUGUUGCAUAUAAUACAUUUCCUCUGCAUUAUUGUGAAUAAACAGUAUACAAGCUAGCAACCAAAAUGCAGAACGCACAAAAGCCAUAGACGGCUCCAUGAACAGGAGUACUGCUGACAUCUCUUCCCAUGUCCUCCGUUAAAUCCCAGAAUACAAAUUAUCUGGGAGAUUAUUUUGCAAAAAUAAUGACAAAUUGGUCGGAAUUAUUUAUAUUUAUAUUUUGUGUUUGCACAACAACAGUUUUUUUUUUUUCUAUCUGGUCUCUGUGUAUUUUUAAGUGUUUGGUAAAACACCAGAAUCAAAUGUGUUUAUGUUGAAGUUUAAAAACUUUUAAAAACAUUUGCACAUGCUAAAAUAAUGUAUAUAAUGGGGGAAAAAAUCCGGCAAAUUUUCAACCACCUGCCAGGAAAUCCAUGAAAUACUGAAUGGUUCCUUCCAGUUGGCCUGUGUUUUAAUUUGAAGGUGAUGUGUUAAAAGUGAACUACAAAUAUGUACACACACCUUUUGUAUUUCCUGGGUGGGCAGGAUCCCUUUUUUCACUGUAUAGCUGCAGUUGCUGUGUUUUAUGAAUAUAGGUGUGUAAUUGUGAAAUUAAGUUGUACAUACCUCUUGUGCGAUAAUUAAAGUAACAAUAAACCUAUAUUAACACACGUCAGUGUUUACAUUU